UCUUCACAAAUGGAGAUACCAUGAAGGGAAGAAUUAUUUUACAGGCCUCGAAAAAGACAGAACUCAAAUCAUUAACUUUGAUUGGAAAAGGAAGAGGAAAGGUUAGUUGGACGGAUGUUGAAAGUUACGACGAGACCCUGUUUGUGUGUGUUUGUCACCAGCGUGCAAAUGAGAAGUAUUAUACUGACAAACAGGACAUCCUGAGAGAUGGUCCUGAAAUAAUUACCAAAGGAAGACACGAGUUCCCCUUUGUCUACAAGAUCCCUGAAAGGUACAGUUAUUCCAGCAGAAUGCUUUCAGGUCAUUUACCUGGUUUUCUACUUUGCAGAAGCAUGCCAUCUUCGUUUGAAAGAAAGAAUUGUAGAAUUGUUCAUCAGAUUAAGGCAGAGCUCAAAGAAUGCAUGAAACUAACAAAAACAACUAGAGUCCCUUUCACAUUUGUCUCCAAAGCUGACAUGAGUAUACCCGGACUUAUGGAACCUCGGUAUGGUUUUUCUCAUAAGCGUCUCAUUGUCACUGGCUCUGGAUUCACUACAAUGGCCGUUCACACAAGGAGCAUGGGAUACUGGCAAGGUGAAGAUCUCCAUGUCAAAGUUGAGAUCAAUAACCAAUCAUCUCGUGACUUGAAGCCCAAAUUCGUAUUGUACGAAAGGCUGUGUUUCUUUGCUCAAGAUCGCUCAAAAUGUUGCAUGACGGAGAUCUCGAAGGAGAAAGGGGAGGACAUUGCCUCACAUUGCAAAGACACUGUGAUGAAGGUGUUUACUAUCCCCAAAGAUCUGCCUUCCUCCAUUCUGAAUUGCUCCAUCAUGAGCCUGAAGUACAUUCUGAAGAUCUACCUGGAUAUAAAAUAUGCAGUUGACCCAAAGAUGGAACUGCCAAUAAUUGUCCUACCUGCCUUUGACCGUCCUGUUGCCUUUGGAUUUGACAAAUCUGAGAACUUAAACCAAAUGACCUGGAGCAAGACACCACUCCAACCACUGGACGUCCCUCCACAAUAUGAAGCAGAUGAAUGUAACAACUGAUAGAUUAUAGUAAUCACCAGUAUUCCUACCUACAGUAUGUGGAAAGAUAUAUUGAAUAAUGAUCAUUGAUUGUUGCUUGUUUCCCCUCUGUGUGUUUGCUUUGACUUUUUGUACUGUUUAUGUGAAAGCGGCAAUGUAAUUUUUCUUAAUGCCUGUAUGUACUAAGGACAUUUAUACUUUUGGUUAUAGUAAACCUGGUUCCAUUUUUGGUAGUGUGGACCAGUUUGCAGUGUUUUGUUUAUUAGUUUUUAAUUAAAUGUUUGAUGCAAAUGUUAAUCAUAAAAACACUGAAUGCAAAAAAAGUCUGAACACAAUAAACAUUUAUAUUUAUAAGUGAG